GCUUAGCUUAGUUACCUCAACUUAGGAUAAGGGUAAGGAGAGGUCUGCUGUCUACAGCGGCCAUCUGUCUGCCAAGUGGACAGUUGAGCGUUCACGCCGGUGUAAAUGGAGACAAGGCUGGAGCUGGAUGUUUUGAUAUACCCAGAUGAAGUGAGGGUUGCUACUCCAGAGGAUCUCAGAGAAUGGGAACUUGAGACUGCGAGCCAGGUGUCCAUACCAACCGUCCGACUCUUUGUGGCACUUUACCCAUACAACCCUGCUGCAAUGUCUCCCAACUAUGAGACAGCUGCAGAGGAGCUGCCUUUUGUACCAGGCCAGAUAAUCAAGGUGUUUGGAGACAAAGACUCUGAUGGUUUCUAUCACGGGGAGUCUGGUGGUCUCUCUGGUUAUGUGCCAAGUAACAUGGUGGCUGAAAUCCCAGUGGAUGAUGAGUACCUGAAACAUCUACUCAUGCAGCAGGGAUUCCUUCCUGUCGACAACACAGGUAUGUCUUUAACUCCAGAUCUGAGCGACGUCAACAGUAUCCCUGAUGAAGUGGUUGUUCGACGAAUGGUGGCCUUAUUUGACUAUGAUCCAUGGGAAAGUUCGCCCAACAUGGACAGUGAAGUUGAACUUGGCUUCCGUUCAGGAGACAUCAUAUAUGUGUUAGGUGACAUGGAUCAAGACGGGUUUUACUAUGGGGAUCUGCAUGGACGACGAGGUUUGGUUCCAUCAAAUUUCCUGCAGCCACUACCCUGGAAUUAAACGAAAAUGUCACGCUAGGAUGUUUGCUACAAAUGCCAAGUCUCAGACACAGUGAGAAACUAGUUUUUAUAUAUAUAUAAAGUUAGUUAGUUAAACUGAUAUGUUGUGUCAAAAUUUUUUUUUUUUAUUAUAUUACAGCAUUGCUCUGCACCAGCUUUAGAUGGCAAAUCAGUGAGGGUCUAUGUAAAUAAUCAGCUAAUUAAACUAUGUAUUAUCAGUAUUACCAGUAUUCAUCAGGAUACUGCAGAGUAAAAACAGUUCUUGUCAUACAAUUCUCAGGUAAUUCAUUUAUUGAAAAAAAUUUAGAAAAAUUACAAAUCAUUUAGUGAAAACAAAAUGCAGAAAAUUACAAACCAUGUAUAUUUUAUAAAUCAAAAAUUAUGUUUUACUGUUGACUUUUUAUUUGGCUACAUUCACAAAAAGCCCAUCAUGACAAUGACUGAAAUUACCAAAAAAAAUUGUUGUAUAUACUGUAUAUCUGUAAUUGUAUACAAUAUGAACAUAUUGUAAGUAUUUCAUUCAUACCUGAUGGCAAAUGAUAGAUUAUUUUAGCCUUAAUAAUACACCAAUAGUCUCAGUUUUUUGCAGACUAGAGUGUAUUAAUAUAGUACAUCCAUAUUUGCCUUAUACCCUGUUUAUAUAUUUUCUAUAAUUGGCUUAUAGUCUUUUCAUAUGCAGUCAUCAGGAGAAAUUGUUUUUAAUUUUUUAGUUUUACAGCAAUUUUUGUUAAAGAAAUUCACAACACAAUCUUUGUAAAGGAAAUGAUAAAUGUUCAAAUCAUGUUAUUAAUGCAACAACUGUAAAGCAGAAAGUGAAAAUAAACUCUCUGUACAACGCUUACCUGCAUUCUUUUCACAUACACAUCUCAGCAACCUGUUAAUUUUAAAUAAUUUUCUACAUUAAUGGGUUUUCACAUUUACCAUUAACCUGUCGUUUUGUGAUUAAAUGCCCACAAUAUAAAAUUAAAUAACAAAAGCAACAGAGAGAUUUCAUGAAGGGCCUAAAAGUUUUUAAAAAUCCUUCACACAGUUCGUUGAUUUCUUCUUUUACAUUCCUCUGCAGCAAACAGUAUACUCAUCCAUAAAGUAGGAAACACUACACUGUGUAGUGACGUUUAGUAGUGCUUUCUACUUUAUGGGUGACAACACUGUACAUCAGUAGCUCCUGGUCGCGCCAUCGCAAACACUGAAGUUAUGACAGGUUGAAUAAGACACAAGAACAUGCUAAAAAAUUAUAAUAUUAUACCUGGGAACACGGAAACAGUUUGCCAUCAGUUGCACCCACAACAUUUGAUAGUAAUAUUGCCUGAAAUGAUGUUGUUUAUAAAAUAUUAAUGACACAUAAAGUUGUAUUUCCUGUAUAUUUUAGCGCAUUUUCAUCAGAAGGAUACAGCAAAUAAAAUAAAAGUAGCGAUCAUUAGAUUUUUAUAAGAAGUCACUUGCUGUCAGGGUCUUACCAGUGUCUGGAGUCCACAG